AUGGCCCCUACCUGGUACGACCAUUUUCUGGAUAAUGGCUACGCAGUCAUUCCCGGCGUUAUUAGCCCAACUAAAGCGGCAGAAUAUCAACAGGCUGCGUUCGACUGGCUAAAGUCUUUUGAUAACCCCGAACUGAAUCUUUCUGAUCCAACAACUUGGACUACACCUAAUCUUCCUCACGUUUCUCAGAUCAACACGUUCAACCACUACGGCGUUGUCCAUGAGCGAUUCAUGUGGGAGAUUCGACUUGAGCAGCGCAUUAUUGAGAGUUUUGCCCAGCUCUGGAACACGGAUGAGCUGCUAGUUUCUUUUGACGCACUCAAUAUUACGCUCCCUCGUCGCCCUGGGCACGUUCCAAGAGUGAAGUGGCCGCAUGUCGACCAAUCCCCUUUCCGCCAAGGUUUACAAUGCGUUCAGGGUAUCGUCAACUUGUCCAAGGCCGGCCCUGAAGAUGGAGGGCUCACAGUCUAUCCGGGCUCGCAUAAGAUUGUCGAAGAGUUUUUCGCCCAGCAUACGGACCCGACGGAAUGGGACCACAAAGACUUUUAUUCCUUUACCGCAGACCAAAUGACCUGGUUUGAGGAAGCCCAAGGUUAUAAGCCUCAUAAGAUCAUUGCUGAAGCUGGAGACUUGAUUAUUUGGGAUUCACGACUCAUUCAUUAUGGAGCAGAGCCCACUGCCAACAGUGACACUAUUAGGACAGUCACUUAUGUAUCAUAUGCCCCCGUGAAACUUGCCAGUUCCGCAGUCUUGACGAGUAAAAGAGAGGCCUUUGACAAGUGGCUGGCUACUACCCACUGGCCACAUGACAACAUAGUUCUGAGGUCCAACCUGCCUGUCCUUCCCAGCGGGGUAGUUGACACAAGAAGGAACGAACCCCGAGAUAAACCAGACUUGACCGAUAAGCUACUGAAGCUUGCAGGUGUCAAACCAUACAAUUAG